CGGCGGCGGCGGCGGUGGCAGCAGCAGCCAGAGGGUUCUCAGCGGCAGGAGCGGCGGCGGCGGCGGCCCGAGCGCUCAGACCCCUGCCUGCAGGACGCGCACAGCCUCUGCAAGCGCACCGAGGACAUCAGCUUGUGGCAGCCUCCCGGCGGGUAUAAAGAUACAAAAAGCUUCCAAAUUACCUGAAGACUACAGAGAGCAAACAUGAAUGAUAUUUCCCAAAAGGCUGAGAUUCUGCUUUCUUCAUCUAAACCUGUCCCAAAAACCUAUGUGCCAAAACUUGGCAAGGGUGAUGUAAAGGAUAAAUUUGAAGCCAUGCAGAGAGCCAGGGAAGAAAGAAACCAAAGGAGAUCUAGAGAUGAAAAGCAAAGAAGAAAAGAACAAUAUAAUAGAGAGAGAGAAUGGAACAGGAGAAAGCAGGAGAUUAAAGAAAUGCUUGCUUCUGAUGAUGAAGAAGUAUCAUCUAAAAUAGAAAAGGCUUACGUCCCAAAGCUGAAAGGUACUGUUAAAGGCAGAUUUGCUGAAAUGGAGAAACAAAGACAAGAGGAAGAAAGGAAGAGGACGGAGGAAGAGCGAAAACGCAGAAUUGAGCAAGAUUUGUUAGAAAAGAGGAAGAUACAACGUGAAUUAGCAAAAAAGGCUGAGCAGAUUGAGGACAUAAACAAUACGGGGACUGACUCAGCAUCAGAGGAAGGAGAUGAUUCACUACUUGUGACUGUGGUACCUAUCAAAUCACACAGAGGAUCUGGAAAAACAAAGAAUUUUGAGGAUCUAGAAAGAGAACGAGAAGAAAAAGAAAAGGUUCAGCAAGAAGAAGAUAAGAGACUAAGAUAUGAAGAACAACGACGAUCCCUCAAGGAAGCAAAGUGUCUUUCUUUGGUCAUGGAUGACGAAGUUGAAAGUGAGACAAGGAAAGAAUCACUUUCUCCUGGAAAAUUGAAACUGACCUUUGAGGAAUUAGAAAGGCAAAGACAGGAAACCCGGAAGAAGCAAGCUGAAGAGGAAGCAAGACAACGCUUAGAGGAAGAGAAACGCGCUUUUGAAGAGGAAAGGCGGCAAAUGGAAAGUGAAGAGGAAGAAAAACAAGACACAGACAGAAUCUUUAUAGGAUACCGUCCUGGUAAACUCAAGCUUAGUUUUGAAGAGAUGGAAAGACAAAGGAGAGAAGAUGAAAAAAAGAAAGCAGAAGAAGAGGCCAGAAGGAGAAUAGAAGAAGAAAAAAGAGCAUUUGCUGAAGCCAGAAGAAGCAUGGUGAUAGAUGACGACUCCCCUGAAAUGUAUAAAACAAUGUCUCAAGAAUCUCUCACACCUGGAAAACUGGAAAUUAAUUUUGAAGAAUUACUAAAACAAAAAAUGGAAGAAGAAAGACGACGAACAGAAGAGGAACGAAAGCAUAAGCUGGAGAUGGAAAAGCAGGAAUUUGAACAACUGAGACAAGAAAUGGGCGAGGAAGAAGAAGAGGGUGACACCUUUGAACUGAGCAGAGAAUAUGAAGAAUUAAUUAAGUUGAAGAGGAGUGGAUCUAUUCAAGCUAAAAAUCUAAAAAGCAAGUUUGAAAAAAUCGGACAGUUGUCUGAAAAAGAAAUACAGAAGAAGAUAGAAGAAGAACGGGCGAGGAGGAGAGCAAUUGAUCUUGAAAUUAAAGAGCGGGAAGCAGAACACUUUCAUGAGGAAGAUGAUGUUGACAUCAAGCCUGCAAUAAAAAGUGAGGCUCCAUUUACUCAUAAAGUGAACAUGAAAGCCAGAUUUGAACGAAUGGCUAAGGCAAGAGAAGAAGAAGAACAAAGGAGAAUUGAAGAACAAAAGCUACUACGCAUGCAGUUUGAACAAAAAGAAAUUGAUGCAGCACUACAGAAGAAAAGAGAAGAGGAGGAAGAUGAAGAGGGCAGUAUUAUGAAUGGUUCCACUAUUGAAGAUGAAGAGCAAAGCAGACCAGGAGCUCCAUGGUUCAAGAAGCCUCUCAAAAAUACAUCUGUCGUAGACGGUGAACCAGUCAGAUUUACUGUUCAAGUGACGGGAGAACCUAAACCCGAAGUAACCUGGUGGUUUGAAGGAGAAAUACUGCAGGAUGGAGAAGACUACCAGUACAUUGAGAGAGGGGAAACUUACUGCCUGUACUUACCAGAAACUUUCCCAGAAGAUGAAGGAGAGUAUAUGUGUAAAGCAGUCAACAGCAAAGGUUCUGCAGCUAGUACCUGUAUUCUUACCAUUGAAAGUAAGAAUUAACCACUCGUUUCAUCUAGAUCUUUGAUUCUAUUUAAAUUUUUCUUUUAAAAAAUUUACUUUUCUUCUUCUCUCUUUUAGCUGAAGACUACUAGGCUCCCUUCCCCUAAUCCAGGAACUUUCUUACUGCAUCCAUCUUUUGCAAUGUCGGGGCCAAAAUUUAAAAUAAAUAAAUAAAAAUUAAAAAAAAAAAAGGAAGCCAGAAGAAGUGCCACUAUGUUGACUUCUUGUUCCUUCCUGUAAUUGUCUUCAGAAUCUCAGUUAUCUAAAGAAUAUCUUCUUGCUUUCCAGACAUAUUCACUUCCUUCUUAUGCAGUACAGACUAAUGUGUAUUUCACAGGGCGAGGAGGAAAUUUACUCAAAUACUUUACCAAAUUUUGUAACAAAAAUUGUGUAUUUCCCCACACAAGUUUACACCAAUUAUAUUUUUAAAAAGUAGAAUUACUUUAUUUUGCAUGAAAUACCAUUAGCUAGUCACAUAAUAAAAUUAAUCUGAACUAGCAGAAACAAGGGGUUUGGAACCUAUCAGUUUUCCCUUAGUAAUGUAUGAUUCUGCUUUAAAAGUCUUUCUAAAAAAGAUGUAAUGGAAGAAGGAUGAGAACAAAGACAAAAACAAACAAAAAACCAACAACACUAAGACUUUGAACUAUAUGGAAAAACAGCGCAAUCUUUGAUUUUAAAUUUGCAUCUUUAAAAUGAAUUUGUAAAUAAUGAUUGACCAUGUUGUGAUUGAAUUGUUUUAUAUUUUAAUGUUCUGGAAGAUUUUAUUUUACAAUUUAACACACAAUAAAGCAACUUCUGUAUUAAAUAAAAGCAAACAUUUAAUAAGAGACAAGA